CCAAACCCGGGUCAACAAGCUUCACCACUCCCCUCCUCUGCUCCCCCGCCGCCGCCACCUUGCUGUCCUUCUCGCUCUCCCACUUCCGCCUCCACCGCCGUCUCCUCCCAAACGCGCAGCAUCACUGGACCACGAAAUCUUGCGAAUCCAGCCGCCCACCACAUCCAUUGCUCGAUCCGCUUUUGCUCCACUCCCAAUCCCAGCACCACAAACACCCAACGGAUUUUACACAUAGAUGCAGUGGUGAGCUAGGGGGGCAGCGUCGCCAUCCAUGGCGGUGGUGAGCGCCGCGCACGGCGCCUUUGGGCCCCUGCUCGGGAAGCUCACGGCCUUGCUCGCCGACGAGUGCGGCCGGCUGAAAGGGGUCCGCCGCGAGAUCCGCUCCCUCAGAUCCGAGCUCGCCAGCAUGCACGCCGCGCUCAAGGAGUACACCAAGCUGGACGACCCGAGCGACCAGGUCAAGGCCUGGAUCUCGCUGGUCAGGGAGCUGGCCUACGACACCGAGGACGUCUUCGACAAGUUCAUCCACCACCUCGGCGACAGCCCAGACCACGGCGGCUUCAAGGAGUUGUUCCGCAAGGCCGCUCGCCGUCUCAAGACGCUUGGAGCUAGGCACGGAAUCGCCGGCGAGAUCCAUGACCUCAAGGACCGCAUCAGGCAAGUGAAAGAGCUCAAGGAUUGUUACAAGCUGCCGAAUAAUGCUCCUUCCAGCACCGCUGGCCCUGCAGCCGUGGAUCCGCGCCUGCACGCACUUUUUGCUGAUGAGGCACACCUUGUGGGCAUCGACGGUCCAAGAGACCAUCUUGCCAAGUGGAUGUUGGAAGAAGCAAACACAUCGCCCAAACAUUGCAAGGUCUUGUCUAUUGUUGGGUUUGGUGGUUUGGGCAAAACAACGCUGGCAAAUGAGGUUUGCCGCGAGAUUCAAGGGGAGUUUGAUUGUAAGGCUUUCGUGUCGGUCUCGCAAAAACCAGAUAUAAAGAAAAUUAUCAAGGAUGUGAUCUCUCAAGUGUCAUGCCAAGGUGGAUCCACAAAAGACGAUACCACUGAUUGGGAUGAAAUGAAGUCUAUUUCAGAGCUAAGAGUACUACUGCAAAAUAAAAGGUAUCUCAUCAUCAUCGAUGAUGUAUGGUCUACACAAGCAUGGCACGCUAUCAAGUGUGCUUUUCCAGAGAAUGAUUGUUCUAGCAGAAUUAUAGCUACUACACGCAUCAUUGACGUAGCAAAGUCAUGUUGUCUGAGUGCUGACGACCGUGUGUAUGAAUUGGAAGCCCUAAGUGAUCUCCACUCUAGAAGAUUGUUUUUCAAAAGAUUAUUUCGCUCUGAGGAAGAUUGCCCUGAAAUGUUGAAGGAAGUUUCUAAUAAAAUUUUAAAGAAAUGUGGAGGCCUACCAUUGGCAAUUAUCAGCAUAUCUGGUUUGCUAGCAAACCGACCAGCCAUCAAGGAAGAAUGGGAGAAGGUUAAGAGGUCAAUUGGUACUGCACUGGAGAAAACUAACAGUCUAGAGGGCAUGAGUAGCAUACUAUCUCUUAGCUAUAAUGAUCUUGCACCUCAUCUCAAGACUUGCUUGUUGUACCUAAGUUUGUUUCCCGAAGACCAUUUGAUUUACAGAGAUAGGCUAGUGAGGCGAUGGAUAGCAGAAGGCUUCAUCUCUGAAGAGCGUGGACAGAGCAAGCAAGAGGUCGCGGAGAAUUACUUCUAUGAGCUGAUCAACAAAAGUAUGGUCCAACCGGUGGACAUUGAGUAUGAUGGAAAGGUCCGUGCCUGCCGAGUCCAUGACAUGAUGUUAGAAAUUAUUAUUUCAAAAUCAGCUGAAGAUAAUUUUACCACUGUGGUAGGUGGAGGUCAAACUAGUUUGCUAAAUCAUCAAGAUUCAAUUCGGCGGCUAUCAAUCCAGCACAUUGACAAGAAACUUGCAUCUGAACUGGCAAAUGUAGAUCUCAGCCAUGUUCGAACUUUGAUAGUAAUGCCAUCAUGUUGCAUCACACACUUGCCCAGUCUUGAUCGGUUUGAAGCUUUACGUGUUCUGGAUUUUGAAGGUUGUGAGGAUUUAAAGGACUGUGAUAUGAAAGGCAUGGACAAAUUAUUCCAGCUAAAGUACCUCAGCUUUACGGGCACAGGUAUAUCAAAGCUACCAGCAGGGAUCGUGAUGCUAGGUAAUCUAGAGACCCUAGAUUUUACGAAUACAGAUGUGGAAGAGUUACCUGCUGGAAUUACUAGGCUGACUGAACUACAACACCUAAACGGAUAUCUGAACAAGCAUCUACCAAACGGGAUUGGGGGCAUGAGGAACUUACAGCUGAUGCCCAAAUUUAUUAUUACCUCGCAAGAAACAGAUGUGUUGGAGGAUCUCGGGAACCUGACAAGUUUGGAGGAACUCAAUGUGCAUCUUGGUAGGAAUGUAUCUUGCGAGGACAAGAGAUGUGAGAAAGAGGCGUUCCUCUCCUCACUCUGCAAGCUUGGCAACUGCAAACUCCGUUCUUUGCUUAUAAAUGCGUACGGUGGUUCCCUCGACUUCUCAGAUUCCUGGUCCCCUCUGCCAUCUUCUCUUCAAAGAUUUUGGGCGGCCAACCGCGAUUCGUUUACAAACGUUCCGAAGUGGAUUACACCAGAACUCAUUAACCUUGCCGAUCUCUUGAUCUCCUUAACUGAACUGACGGAAGAUGGGCUGCUUACCCUUGGGCAGCUCCCAUCCUUACUCCGCCUGCGACUAUGGCCAUCAAAGAAGUUUGUUGGUACAGUCCAAGCCACUUCUUUCCCAAAUCUGAAGGUGCUUUCCUUCAGAGCUGAACAAGUAUAUGUUUCGUUCGUGAAAGGGUCUGCGCCCAAGCUUGAGGAAAUUAGCAGAAUGCCAUUCAGUGUGUCGGCUGCAAAAGCUAAUAAAUUCUAUUUAGGCAUCCAUCAUCUCUCAUGUCUCAAACGAGCUCACAUACUACUUGAUGACGAAGACGCAACACCUUCAGAAUGCAAGGCUGCAGCUGCUGCCAUCAGGAAAGAAGCGGAUAUCAAUGCCAACCAUCCUGCAGUUACUUUUCUGGGGGAACCAAAGGAAGAGGACAAUGAAGAGACGGUUGCCGGUGAAGAGGAGAAGAGCAACGAAGAUGGUGACGCCGAUGAGGAUUAAAGUGCUCAGAACCCUGUCGGAACUCUGAAUACCUAGGCUGUUGUUGUUAAUUCACUUAUAUUCUGUUCCCAGUAGCUACCUGCAUUUGUUGGGACCUAAGCUCCAUUUGCAUUCAUGGACAUUUUUUUGCUGAACACUGAUUUGUCUUUCCCUUUGUUCCAAAAUAAGUUUUGUUGAAUUA